AUGAGCAAAGAUACACAGAACCUACCCCUAAAGCCGCCGCCGUUGCUCGGAUUCGCUCAGACCUUCGGGAACCAACGCACAAUGUCCGACUCUAACAAGUCCAAAGACAGCCAGCGGCCAGCCAACAACAGUGGUCUAAACCCCAAGCGCCGCCGCACUAUCGAUCGAUCUGACGAGCGGAGCCCAGUUUCCCAACGCGAUGGAGCUGAGGCAUCCGGCCCGACGGUUUCAGCAGUUACCCACAGACAACGCAAUCCAGACGCCUCCAGACAGAAUGUCUCGAAUGCGGUACCCAAAACUGCUGCUCAUCAUGCAUCAGCUGCCUCUCUCAAGACGUUGAUGUAUCAGUUUUCCGAAAACUUCGAAAGCUUUCAACUGAGAUGCAGAGCAGUCAGACAUCUCAAAAACUAUUCAAAAAUCCAAGAGCAGAGUCAUCACCGUCCCUCAGACUUCUCUAGUGCCUCUAAUCUACAAAUAAAUGAGCGAAAGGCAGCUCAAGACGAUAUUGAGAAAGCCGAUAAACAAAUAACAGACUUUUGUAACAAGAUAUCGCCAGCUCUUCGAUCAAUCUUGCAAGGUAUCUUAGACGGUGGAGGUAUAGGCGCCACUCCGUCCUCAAUUCCAGACAAGCCGAUGGUAUCAGACGCCAAAUCAAACACCGUCCAAGACACAAUCAAAAAAGAGUUGGAGACAUUGUUUAAGAAAGAUAUCGCAGAGUCACAGCAAUCAAUGAAAGAUUUCUUUCAGUCGCAAAUGUCCGCACUGAAAGAGGCGCUAUCCCAAGAAUACGAGCAGCAAUUCAAAUUGAUGAAAGAGACUUUGAUGCAAGAAAGCGAGGAGAGACAAGCUUCUCUCAAAAAGACGUUGACUCAAGAAGAGGAAGCGAGAGUGAAGUCUCUCAGAAACUCGCUGGUACAGGAUUAUGAGAAGCGAAUUGCAGACAUAAAGCAUUCUGUUGCUCGAGAAAUCAGAGACCAAAUUGCAGAUCUCAAAAACGGCUUGGCUAAAGAAAGCGAUAAGAAUACUGCCCUUGAAAAGAAGAUAACAUAUUUAAAAAUCGAGCUUGACAAAGCAGCUUCAGGACAGAGGCAGAAGUUGCAAUCGCUUGUAGAGCAAGCACAUCUUGACCAGCGGCUGCAGCGCCUGUCAAGCUCUCAGGAAGACAAAUUUAGCGACAUAAGAUCAUAUGUGGACCAGAAAACGGAUAAUACUCUUCUUGUUCAGCGAUUACAGCGAGUUGAUCUGCUUUCGGACUCUCACAAAGAGAAAAUCAGCAAACUGGAGGAUCGCUUGAAUCAAGCGGAAGAUGAUGCAAGAAGAAUUGAGAACCUGGAAGUUCAAAUAUGCAACCUUUCAAGGCUCAUUAAUAAAAAGGCGCAGCAACUCUCUGAUUCUCAAGAGGAGAAACUUGACGAACUUGAGGCAAGCUUGGACCGGCUUAAAGAUGACAGCUUUGCCACCCAUCAGCUUCUCGAAUAUCAAAACGACAAACUUAGCAAGCUUGAUGAUUUCAAAGCCACUACGCCAAGCAUUGAAGAUUUGAGAACACUUGAAGCUCGCAUGGACUCACUGGCAGGCGAUACUCCGCGAAUCAAGGACUUUAUAAAGGAAGGGCGCAUCCACUUAGAGCUCAUCGAGAAAGGGGCACAACUAUUCAAUACACGUCUGCUUUCGCUCGAGUCUGCGGCAUCUACUCUUUCAGCGAAAGAGCUGGAUAGUAUCCGUACAGAGAUGGCAAAAAUGGACCAGCGCAUACGGAACUUCAAUCCCAUGCAUGAGUCUCUUCCCCCAUCGACCGAUUCGAUUCGACAAGCCAUCUGGCUUGAAGUAGAAAGGGAGAUGGAGAAUAAAGCCAACGCCACAAAAGUUACGCUUGCGAAUGUCCAAUCCGGACUCCAUAAGUUUCUCAAGACUGAGCGAGAAGAGAGAGAGGCUCUAGAGGCGCAAUGUGCCGAAGUUACCCGCCAGUUAUUGGAGGCCCAACAAGGAGCCGCUGCUACAAAGCGUGAACUUUCGGAGCUAAAGAAGAGAAUGAAUGAUCCCACACUAAAGCAGGACAACAUACUCGAUUGCAUUGAAGAGAAAUUGAACAGUCACAUUGGGGCCGUCGUAAUUGACUUCCAUGGCAGACUUGAAGGAAUCUAUUUGCACUUGCAAGGCCUGGGGGCAUGGCAGAACAACUUCAGCACAAAAGGUCUCUAUAGAGAUAUCUUGAAUCACAUCAAUGCCACAAUGCCAGAUGGCACAGUGGUGCAAUUGAGGAAUCUAAAACAGCGCAUGGAUGUCGCUGAGACGCGCAUUGCGGCUUGUGAGAGUGGCGUUAGCAACAAAAGAAGAAAACUGCCGAGUGGCGGCUCAAAGAUUGUUCGUGGCGAUCAAGCAGACGCGUAA